AGUGUGCCGGCUGGCGGGGCGCGCCGGGUCACUGGGCUCCGCGCUGCGCUGUGAGCUCCCGGUCAGGCUCCCGCCCUGGCCACCUUGUCUGCUGCAAGGGUGGCCCCGCGGCUAGGUGGUGGGCCCCCGUCUGUGGGUCUGCGUGUUGGGGCUGAGAGGUGGCGGGCGUCUGGGGAAGCCUCUUCCCGUAACAGAAGGUUAAGAAAUGGCAUUUCAAAAGGCAAUGAAAGGGUCUAUUCUUGUUGGAGGAGGGGCUCUUGCAGCUGUUCUGGGCCUCUCUCAUUUCACUCAUUACAGAAGGAAGCAAGUCAACCUGGCCUACGUGGAAGCAGCUGAGUUCAUAUGCGAGCCUGUCAACAGGGAGCCUCCCUCCAGAGAAGCUCAGCUACUGACUUUGCAGAAUACAUCUGAGUUUGACAUCCUGGUCAUCGGAGGGGGAGCAACAGGAAGUGGCUGUGCUCUGGACGCAGUCACCAGAGGACUGAAAACAGCCCUUGUUGAAAGAGAUGAUUUCUCAUCUGGGACCAGCAGCAGAAGCACUAAAUUGAUCCAUGGUGGUGUGAGGUAUCUCCAGAAGGCAAUCAUGAAGCUGGAUCUGGAGCAGUAUAGGAUGGUGAAAGAAGCCCUUCAUGAACGUGCCAACCUGCUUGAGAUCGCACCUCACCUAUCAGCUCCAUUGCCGAUCAUGCUUCCCAUCUAUAAGUGGUGGCAGUUGCCUUACUACUGGGUGGGCAUCAAGCUCUAUGAUUUGGUGGCUGGAAGCAAUUGCCUGAAGAGCAGUUAUGUCCUCAGCAAGUCCAGAGCCCUGGAGCACUUCCCAAUGCUCCAGAAGGACAAGCUUGUCGGAGCCAUCGUCUACUAUGAUGGACAACACAAUGAUGCACGCAUGAACCUGGCCAUUGCUCUCACUGCUGCCAGGUACGGGGCUGCCACUGCCAAUUACAUGGAAGUCGUGAGCUUGCUCAAGAAGAAAGACCCGGAGACUGGGGAGGAGCAUGUGCGGGGUGCUCGGUGCAAGGAUGUGCUCACAGGGCAGGAGUUUGACGUGAGAGCCAGAUGUGUCAUCAAUGCUACGGGGCCCUUCACGGACACUGUGCGCAAAAUGGAUGAUGAGAACGCAGCACCGAUCUGCCAGCCCAGUGCGGGUGUCCACAUUGUCAUGCCUGGUUACUACAGCCCAGAGAGCAUGGGACUUCUUGACCCAGCAACCAGUGAUGGGCGAGUUAUUUUCUUCUUACCUUGGGAAAAGAUGACCAUAGCUGGCACCACUGACACUCCAACUGAUGUCACACACCAUCCUAUUCCUUCAGAAGAAGACAUCAACUUCAUUCUGAAUGAAGUGCGUAACUACCUGAGUUGUGAUGUUGAAGUGAGAAGAGGGGAUGUCCUGGCAGCUUGGAGUGGUAUUCGCCCCCUGGUGAUUGACCCCAAGUCUGCAGAUACUCAGUCUAUCUCCCGGAACCACGUUGUAGACAUCAGUGACAGUGGCCUCAUCACCAUUGCAGGUGGAAAGUGGACAACCUAUCGAUCUAUGGCAGAAGACACCAUAAAUGCAGCUGUCAAGGCUCAUAAUUUGAAAGCAGGACCAAGUCGAACAGUUGGGCUUUUCCUUCAAGGAGGUAAAGAUUGGAGCCCCACACUCUACAUCCGGCUGGUGCAGGAUUAUGGACUUGAAAGUGAGGUGGCACAACAUCUGGCUACCACCUACGGUGACAAGGCUUUUGAGGUGGCCAAGAUGGCCAGUGUGACUGGGAAACGGUGGCCUAUUGUCGGAGUGCGCCUGGUGUCAGAAUUCCCAUACAUUGAAGCAGAGGUGAAAUAUGGGAUUAAGGAGUAUGCCUGCACUGCCGUGGACAUGAUCUCACGCAGGACACGCCUGGCAUUUCUGAACGUCCAGGCUGCAGAAGAGGCCCUGCCCAGGAUUGUUGAGCUGAUGGGCAGAGAGCUGAACUGGGACAGCCACAGGAAGGAGGAAGAACUGGAAACAGCCAGAAAAUUUCUCUAUUAUGAAAUGGGCUAUAAAUCUCGAUCAGAGCAGUUAACUGACCGCUCGGAAAUCAGUCUGCUGCCUUCAGACAUUGACAGGUACAAAAAGAGAUUCCAUAAAUUUGAUGCAGACCAAAAAGGCUUCAUCACCAUUGUUGAUGUUCAGCGCGUACUAGAGAGUAUCAAUGUCCAAAUGGAUGAAAAUACACUACACGAAAUUCUGAAUGAAGUAGAUUUAAAUAAAAAUGGACAGGUUGAACUCAAUGAGUUUUUGCAGCUGAUGAGUGCUGUCCAGAAAGGAAGGGUAUCUGGAAGCCGGCUUGCUAUUCUAAUGAAGACGGCAGAAGAGAACCUUGAUACCAGAGUUCCCAUCCCGGUGGACCGCAGUUGUGGAGGCUUGUGAGUCUCAACAGUAAAUCCACAAUCAGCAGACAUAGGAACCGAUCAUCAUGUAGCGACCAGAGAUGAUUUAACACCUCUCCAAAAUAGUGGUUAUGGAUGGUUUUUUUUCUUUCUCUUUUUCCUUCCCUUCCCUUC